AUGACAUCCUAUGCCGUAGUCUCUUGUGGGCCAACGCACAAAGCAUGUCCUGAGAUCCCUAUCGAUUGCCUUCCUUCCGGUGUAGUGGUGUCAGCUGUUUUGGGCUUACCUCUCAUUAAUUUUACUACCACCAAUAGUGACGUCACUAAUCGUAACUUUCCCAGCUGCCAGACUAGUGACGGGGAUCUCGAUGAUUCACAGACUAUAGGACUAACAACCGAAGCGGUGACAACUCAUUUGCUGGCUCAUCCAGUCGAAACGAAUACGGGGCCUCAGCCACACUCCGAUCAGAUUCAUGAUUCUGUAGUGUAUGCAUCCGGCAACUAUAGAGUCCUCGAACAACCGGUGGCUCUGUCUUCGCAGCCUUCCGGUCUAAAUUCGAGUCGCAGUGCUUGGCAGAUGGCAACUUCUCUCAUGUCAACUUUCAGCAGCUCGAUGGCUACUUAUUUGACCCCUCAAAUAAAACGAGUCUCGGCUGUUAUACCCACUUUUACGUCUGUUCCCUCUCCUCUUUUAUCAGAUCUCAUAGAUCCUCCAGUUAGUCCCUCGGCCUCAUUAAGCCUUGUCGACCAAGAACUUUCGACUGCAAAUGACUAA